CGAAAACGCGCGUGCGGGAGAAGAGUUUAGUUAUUUCAGUGCUGGAGAUGAGAAUAUUGUUGUGCUCUUUCUGUUUCUGAUUUCUCUGCGCGCUUUGUAUCUUGAACUACGACGUGAUGCACCGGUGGAUUAUCUUUAUCAUCUGUGGGGUGGCAGCGGUGGAAGGUACAGUCCAAGCUAAUGAACCAAAAUGCGAAUCUCACGAAGUCAUGAAAUGCCUCUCGAAGCAAAACCAAGCAGUGAACGAAGGACGACUCUUCUUUCCUGAUACACAGCAAAAGCUCAGAGAAUACUGCAAGCAUUUGAUGGACGGUUUAGACUGCGCUCGGAGGUUCAUCGAUGAAUGCUUCACAGAAGAGGACAAGCAAAUCUAUCAGAAUCUGACACACGACAUGGUGGGCAUGAAUGUUGAACUCUGCACAACUGGCUCUCCUCUAAGCAUCAGAUUCCUGAAGCACGUGAACUGCUACAAGAAUCUUUCUGAUCGCUUCAGGAUUUGCUCGGAUCGAUAUAUUGGGAACAUUGUCGUCGUCCAAAAGCAAUCGCAGGAGGAACAGAUCAAAAUGACUUGCUGCACUGUGAACGAGUACAGCAGAUGCAUGCGAAAUGCCAUCGAAGGUCGAUGCGAAGAGGACGCACAGAAGUUAGUCGAAGAUACAGUGAUCACAGGCUUGAAACAAACAUUUGGCUUCUGCAAACAACAGGGCAACGUCCCCACCCAGAACUGUCUCCGCUCCUUUUCCGCUAGCAAGGGCCACGCCACUGGUGGAUUGCCCGAUAAUGGCGGUUCUGGCAGCAGCAGCAAUGUGGUCAUCCACUCAUCUUGGUUAAUAUACAUGUUGCUAUUGGUCAUCCUUUUCAUGUCUUGACGAUUCAUUGAAUCCUAAAGAAUCUGCAGCAACUUAUCGAAUGGUGCUCGACAAUGAGACUGGCAAUCGAGACUUUCAAAAGUCAACCAAGAUGGACGAGUAUCAUAUUUAUUGCUAUUCUUACCUCUUCUUGUCGAUGGUAAGAGAGCAGAUAGAGUUUCUGAAAAAAAAUGUCAUCAUUUUGCUAAUCUGUGUUUGAUAGAAACUGUGCUUAAAAUCACGUACAUACGUGGUUACGUGCCUUAACCAAGCAUAUUGAAAGGUAUUCUUUGUUUAGUGAUAACUAAGGUUGGAUUCUUUGAUCGUCUUCGCUGUGUCAAUUCACUUUUAUGAUAUUGUUCUAGAAUAGAGGAGAAAAUGCCUUAACGUAAGUGGAUCUAAAAUAUGCACUUAAUUUUGUAUAAGGACAGAGUUUUUUAUUUACGCUGUGCUCGCAAAUUAAUAUGAAAAUAUUUCGAAGAAUUUUUUUUUUUGUACACAUAGAUUAAUAGAUCCGUCUAUUUUUCUUUUGCAUAUUUUGUGUCCUAAAGGUAUUUAUAUCAUUUUUAAAAACUAAUAUUCUAUCUGCUAAAGUAAUAUUAAUUUUCUGAAAACUCAUAAGAGCAAAGAGCCCGUAUAUUAAGUUUUUUAUUUUUAUUUUUGACAUUUCAAGCUGUUGGAUUUCCUUAUAGUUACGCGAUUUUACUUUUCAGGAAUAUGACAUAUGACAAUGACAAAGAAUUGAAUAAAUUGAAGAAUUCACUAGAUAAUGGACUUUCUUAAGAAUUGAAAAUUUUGAAUGAAAUAAAAUUAAACUAUCGAAUUUAGAUGUAUUUGUAAAUGAUAUUUAUAAAAAAAUAUAGAUGGAUGAUAAUGGUUAAAAACCCUAUAUCAUUUUGAAGCAACUUGAUAAAGAUAUGUCAUUGAAUAGUUGCUUUCAUUAAGGCAUGUCUUCAUCUCAGUAUAUAUUUUUUUUCUAAUGCACAGGAAGACAAUCUGGAAACACCUUUUAAUUCCAGGAGAUUUCAUGUGACUGUACAUCAUCAACAAACACAUGAACUUUCCAAUAGGAAAAAGAUAAAUGUUUUGUAUUGAAUGUGAUAUAUUAACUGACAAAUGUGCUAUCACUAUGUCUGAUUGUCAGUUUAUGUAAAAGCCGUUUCUUUUUCUCCUAGUGUUUAUUUUGUUGUAAUACAUGUAAAAGUUGUAAGAGAUUUUCUGUCAUAUUUGUUAGUGUUGCAAUCUAUAAUUUCGUGAAUUAGUUCAGUUAUGAUAGCAGAAAUACCGGGGAAAGUAAGCAUUGAAUACAAUCAUCAUAUUUAGCUUACAGUUUUUAACAAAUUUUCUGGCAAUUGAUAUUAACUGAACAGAAAGAAGUUGAUUAUAAUAUAUCAUUAUAUUUUUAAGCACAGAGGCAAACCAAAUAACAGAAGUUGAUAAUAUUAAAUUAAAAGUUUCAGUAUCUUAUUUAAUGUAAGUGUUCAGAGUUUUAGUUUAAUAAUGAACUAGUGACAGGCUUUUCUAAUAGUCCCUACAUAAUACUUUUUCACCUUUCUACUCUUUACCAUUUAAACUAUUUAAGAACCACGCCCUUAAUUGUGCCUCUUUACCAUUACAAUUGUAGAAUUUAAGUAUUCCUCACGUUUAAUGCUUCUGUAUCAUGAAAGGUCAUCAAUAUUUUAAUGUCAAAUCUUUAUCAAAUGAAUAAAAAUUAUAGUUAUCCUUCAAAUCACCAAUGAGCAAUCGCCAGGCUGUAAUUAUAAAAUCACUCAAACUCACAUCAUCAGCAUUUGAAAAAAAGAAUGGAAAUUAGAUAAAUAUUGAGGAAUGAGCUGUUUCAUCUUGGCAACAGAGAUAAUAUCCUCCUCUUUUCAAUUAAAACCGAUCUCUUUUUUCUCUGACAAAUCCAGAAAGUAACAUUAAAUAUACCAAAUGACAAUAUUAAUUUCUUAAUGAACAAUGCUAGGAAAACUAUUUAAUGAACACUUAUGCACUUAUGGAUCGAUACAACAACAAUUCUUCCCAUUUGAAUUAUUUUUCUAUACUGGCAAUACAAUGUUGAUAAACAAUCACAAGACCGUAAUUUUAAAAUCAAUUUUAUCCAAAAUAUGAUUUAAAAAAAUGACUCAUGAUUAAAAAAGGAUUGAGUAAUGGGCCGUUUAAUCUUUACUACAAAUAUGCCUGCCUCUUUUUCAUCAAAACCUAUCUUUACUUAUUCAAACAAGUAAAGAAUCUAAUACUGAAUGCAUAAUCAAAUAUCAACACUGAUUUUUUUUAAUGAAUACUUUUUAAGAA